UUCGCCCCGAAGCUCGUCGUGGUCGUCUUGUACAGUCUGCACGCCAGCUCCGGCAGUUUUCCCUUUCUAUUUCUAUCAGGGGUCUGACCUUGUUUCUAACUCCGACGAUCCGAUGAACUAAUUGGACCCAAAAUGCCGAAAGUGAUCAGUUUUACGCCCCCUUGGCUAUCGCGCCCUUCUUCUGGCGCUUCAUUGUUCUCCAGCACUGCAGCUCCCAACGACCCGAUAAAUCUCAAGACCGCGAAAGAUGUUGAAUAUGAUGGCCCUAUUCGGACACUGGCACGGCGGGGGAACGAGGUGUUUACGGUGGUAGACAAUCAGAUUCGCUGGUCCAGCCUUACCCGGUUGAAGGAUCGUUGGCAGCAACGCAGCAAGUCAAAGAGCAACUCCACGGGCCAGAAGGAGAGCUCUGAAGACCCAGCAGAUACAGAGAGUAGUAUCGCCUACAGAGCAUUGGUAGUACCGGUUUAUGAACCAAUUCGACAACUUGUUCCUUCUCCGAAUGGUGCCUUUCUCGCUAUUAUCGCAGACCGCACCGUUUUUAUUGCAGUACUUCCAGAUCCUUCGCAUCUGUCCGGAACUGAUAGCUCCCCGAUCCGCGUGAAGACAUACCAGCUGGGUCCGACAACACAUGUUAUCCCCGAGUCGCCUGUGGUGUCCGCACUCUGGCAUCCUCUUGGAACCUACAGCAAUCUUGGGGGGUGUCUUGUUACAGUGACUGCCGAUGCUGCAGUCCGUGUUUGGGAGCUGGAUCGGAAUAAUCACUGGUCGUUCGAUCGCCCAACGCUGGCAAUUGACCUUCGGAAAUUGGUCGAUGGAACGUCUUCAGACCAGGACUUUGCACCCUCCGGGUUCGGUAAGAACAAGGGCUUUUCUGCAGAUUUUGUUGAUAUGGAAGUUGCGUCGGCUCGUUUUGGGGGUGUCGGCAGUGAAAAGGAGGAUGCCUGGGCAGCAAUGACUCUCUGGGUUGCCAUGCGGCCGGGUGACCUGUACGCUCUCUGUCCUUUGCUACCUUCUAAAUGGAGGGCGCCGUCGGCUGCUAUUCCUGCUCUUUCAGCCGCCAUAGUCCCCAAAAUCUCCGCUCUUGAAGAAGAUCCCCUCGACUACGAAGAAGAAUUAACUGCCUGCCGGCAGCAGUAUGAGUGGUUGGCAGAGAUCGAUAACCAAGAGCCAUUGCAAAUACUCCCAGGCUCUGUGACAGAACCCGAGUCUGAGAUUCUCACUCGACCGGCAAAUCCUAGUGCUAUUCCUAGGUUGCAAGGGCCCUUCAGAGUAGAUACUGGCGAAGAGAUUGAUGACCUUGAUCUUUGUGAUAUUCUAGUCAUUGCAGCCAAGGCUGAUGUUGACGCUUUAAUGAUGGGAGAAGAGGAUGAGCUUCUACUAGAGAGCGGAGAGGACAACUUAUCGGCCACUUUGAUAUGUCUCUCAACUCGGAGUGGCAGAGUCCAUAUUUGCCUCGAACUCGACGGAGUGCAGGGACAAUGGCUACCAAAGGCGAAGAAAAAUGCCUUCCAGACUCCUUUUUCGGAGCCGUCUGAUCUGCUUUUGGUCGAGUCGUUGGAUACCGUGAGAAAAGACCAUCAAUCCUUGGACAGCUGGCCCAUCUUUACGCCAGACGCCCACUCUCGGUACAGCUUCUUUGUCACCAACUCUCAGAGUGUUGCCUUCAUCUCCCUCGCCUCAUGGGUUCAACGAUUAGAAGCCGAGUUACAGUCUGAAGAUACAGCCGGCUCAGCCUUCCGCCUGCAGAUUCUUUGCGAAGGCGAUGUCUCUGUGCUGGAGUCAAUUAUCCAAGUGGAAGACGAUGCAGGGACCCCUAACAGCCAGCCCUCCCGUCUGCCCGCGUCCUUGGUUUACUAUGACUAUGAUUUAGGUUACUUUCUGCUGACUUACCUUGCUUCCCAUCCUUAUGCUGCGACUAUGGAAACGCCUGACCUAUUUCCAUCGUUGUCCCUCGACUCCGAGGCGGAGGAGUCCAGUUCGCCCACAAUACCGCCUCACCGACCUCCUUACCAAGUUCCUUCCAUCUUGUACUCAGAGUCUCCCUUGGAAUUUUUUGUCGACAAGCACGUACCACACCGCCACCGAAACAGUCUCAAGGAACCAAUCGUCUUAUCUCCAGCGACUCUGGACCUUGUGGCCGCGGCUCAUCGAAUCCUGUCUGCCCAUACCAAUGUUCUCGAGAGAGCUGCAUCGGAUCUAUUCCGUCGCUGUGAAAGACUACAGGGGGAAAUGCGAGAUCAAUUGGAACAGCUCUCCGAUGUGGCUGACCGCAUCAAGGGCGUAUCGAACGAGAUUGGAGAAGAUGGCCAGCGGAAGGAAGGAUCCCGAAGCACUGCAGCCCUCGAUAAGCGGCUGCAAGCCGCUCAGGACAAGCAAGUACAGCUCGUUCAACGUUACGAGACUCUCCGAAAUAAGGUUCUAAAAUCUGGUGGACGUCCAUUGAGUGAGAAGGAGGCAGCAUGGGUUUCUGAGGUGGAGACAUUAUCCGAGUCGUUUGGUGAUGCCCGCAAGGAGCCCUACGAUAGACAGCAGCUUUCCCAGCGGCUAGAGGCUGUCAAGGACAUUGCAACCGAACUCCUUCUGGAAGCAAAGGCGGUUGCUGCUAGGUCACCCAUUUCCCAGGAGCCUGGUAGUCCGGCCUCUCCUACCAGCGCACAGCCCAGGGUUCCUCAACGACUCCAGCGGGCUAAGGUUGCCGACGCCAUGAAAAUGGUAGAACGAGAGUCUGCUGUUAUUGAGUCGAUUACCGCGCGCCUAGCCCGACUGAACGCCAGCAUAUGAUACCAGCCAGCUUUCUGUUUUGUUUUGUGUUCCCUUGUUCAUUGACAUGGAGAUUAAACGUCUAUACGAAAAACUAUUGAGAGAAUUUAGUUCUGAAGGUAUAGUCAUGUAUGAAAACAUACCACUAGUCUGAUUCUGCAAAUCCAGGGGACUCGAAGAAAGGAAGAUGUAAAGAAUACCCUCCAUCAAUCAAACCCCUUCUCUGUCCACUUUACUUGUUGCAUCUCAUCACCCAAUGACCCAGCCCAGCACCUACCUACCCUAAUCAUGAAUCCCAAUU